GUGGAGAUUAUCCUCAUGCGUCAUUCACUUCAAGCAGUCAAGAAGAAGGGUAUCCUGCAUUGGAAAUCAACUUUGUUUGUUUUGUUUUUUUUUUGGAUCAAUCCGUCAUGCUCCUCUUGGGCUGCGCGCGCGAACAAUCACAACAUCGGGCCCAUUUUCCGUACCUCCAAACUUUGCUGAUCACUGCUUUGGAGGCAAAAGAUAUAUAACAGCGUUCAUUUCUGUCAAUCUUCCCUUCUUGCUUCCCAUCUUUCGUCUAACAUUAACGCAAAUUUCACCUUUUAUUUGUGUUUUGGUGUGAUCACCAUACACGAGAACAAAAACACAUCCUCGGCGUGUUUUCGGGGAUAGACAAUCAUUUUGACGCAUACAUCCGUUCAUUUAUUGCGUUCGUCAAACAAAGAUGUCUUUCCAACAAGAAUCUCAAGCCCGUCUUGAGGCAACAGCCACAGGCGAACAUGCUGCUGGCCAUGAUUCAGCAGCUCAACAAGUCGAAGAGAUGGACAACCCACAAAAACAAUCUCAAGGUGUUAAUGUCGAACAAGCAAAACGUAUCUUUGACGAUAUGGAAUCUCAAUUAAACGAAGAGGAAGGUAAUGAUGGUUCAGGUACAUCUUCCAGUCUAGAAAUGGCCGAUUUGGAAAAGCAAGAAAGCAAACAUGUUGGUCAAUUCAACUUACGUGAUUGGGUUGCCAAUUUCCAAGAAGAAUCUUACAAGGCAGGUUCAAAACGCAAACAAUUGGGUGCAAGUUGGAAUGAAGUGACUGUUUUGGGUACAAGUUCUAUGGACUUGAAGGUACCAACAAUUCCAUCAAUGGCUCUAUUUGAAGUCAUUGGACCAAUCUUUGGUAUUCUCAAAACAUUCGGUAUCAACUUGCCAAAGCAAAAGUCACGUAAAUUGUUGACCGGUUUCACUGGUUCAGCCAAACCAGGAGAAAUGGUUCUCGUUUUGGGUCGUCCAGGUGCCGGUUGCAGUACCUUCCUCAAAACGAUUGCAAACAAACGCAACGGUUUCAUUGGCGUUGAAGGUGAUGUUCAUUACGGUGGUAUCGAUGCAAAAGAGAUGGACAAACGUUACAUGGGUCAAUUGAUCUACUCUGAAGAAGAUGACGUUCACAACGCCACCCUCACUGUCUCUCAAACCAUCGAUUUCGCCUUACGUGUAAAGGCAACAUCCAAACUACUACCCGAACAUUCCCGCAAGACUUACCGCAAACUGGUCCGUGAUACCUUGUUGAAGAUGUUCGAUGUUGAACACACAAAGCACACCCUUGUCGGUAGCGCCACCGUUCGUGGUGUUUCCGGUGGUGAACGUAAGCGUGUCUCCAUUAUGGAAGUUCUCACAACAGGUGCCACCUUGAUCGGUUGGGACAACACCAGUCGUGGUUUGGAUGCAAGUACUGCUUUGGAUUACGCAAAGAGUAUGCGUAUCUUGACAGAUAUCACCCAAACAACCAUGUUUGUCUCCCUGUACCAAGCAUCCGAGAGUAUUUGGCAACAAUUCGACAAGAUCAUGGUUAUCAACGAUGGUCACUGCGUCUACUUUGGUCCACGUACAGAAGCACGCGAAUACUUCCACAGCCUCGGUUUCGGAGAUCGUCCACGUCAAACAUCUGCCGAUUACGUUACCGGUAUGACUGACAAAUACGAACGUAUCUUCCAAGAAGGUCGUGAUGAGACAAACGUUCCAUGCACACCUGAAGAACAAGAAGCUGCUUACAGAAAGAGUGAUAUUUACAAACGUGUUUUGGAAGAGAAGGAAGCCUACGACCUUGCCGUUAAAGAAGACCAAAAAGCCAACGCAAUCGAAUUCAAGGAAGCUGUUUCUGCUGAAAAGCACCCUGGUGUCCGUCACCGCAGUCAAUACACCGUUCCAUUCUGGGAACAAAUUUGGGCAUUGGUCUUACGUUCUAUGCAAAUGAAGGCUGGUGAUAGAUUUGACAUUUUCAUGUCUUACGUUACUGCAAUCGUUUUGGCUCUUUUGGUUGGUGGUUUGUUCUUUGAGAUGCCUAAAACUUCCGCUGGUAUUUUCAUUCGUGGUGGUGCACUUUUCAUCAUGUUAUUGUUCUCUUCUUUGACCGCUUUCGCUGAAAUGCCAACUCAAAUGCUCGGUCGUCCAAUCUUGGCUCGUCAAGCUGGUUAUGCGUUCUAUCGUCCUGCCGCUCAAUUGAUCGCCUCUUUGAUCGCUGAUAUGCCUUUCGGUAUCCCACGUUCAACUAUUUUCGUCAUUAUCGUCUACUUUAUGUCCGGUCUUCAUCGUUCAGCAGGUGCUUUCUUCACUGCUUGGUUGAUCGUUUUGGUGUCUUAUUACGUGUUCCGUUGCUUGUUCACAUUGUUCGGUGUCGUGACGCGUAACUUCUAUACCGCAGCGCGUUUGGCCGCCAUCGUGAUGACAGUCUUGGUCUUGUGGGCCGGUUACGUUAUUCCUCAAUUCACCAUGGCUCGUUGGUUGUUCUGGAUCUGUUAUAUCAAUCCAGUCUUUUACGCUUUCGAGGGUGUGAUGAUUAACGAAUUCAAACGUACAAUAUUCACAUGCGCUGACGCUCAAGUCAUUCCUAGUGGUGGCAAUUAUCCGGCCGGAAUUGGUGCAAAUCAAGUCUGUACAUUGGCCGGUUCCACUCCUGGUUCGCCACUCAUCCCUGGUCAAGAUUAUCUCGAUGCUAAUUUCCGAUACUACGAAAGUCAUCUAUGGCGCAAUGUCGGAAUAUUGUUUGCCUUCCUCGCGGGAUUAACGGCUAUUACCUGCUUCGUUGUGGAAGUUCAGGAUCAAGGAGCAUUUGCAUCUGCCAUGACCGUCAAGAAGCCGCCGUCAAAAGAAGAGAAGAAGCUGGAUGAUCGUCUUGCCGAUCGUCGCUCAGGUGCUACAGAAAUGACCGAAGCUAAAUUGGAAGUGUUAGGACAAAAUUUCACAUGGCAAAACUUGAAAUACACUGUGCCUGUCAAAGGAGGAAAGCGUUUGCUGCUCGAUUCCGUUGAUGGUUAUGUCAAAAACGGCAGUCUUACCGCUUUGAUGGGUGCAUCCGGUGCAGGUAAAACUACACUUUUGGAUGUUUUGGCAGAUCGUAAAACGAUUGGUGUUAUUGAAGGUGAUCGUCUUAUCGAAGGUCGCAAGAUUGAUAACAGUUUCCAACGUCAAUGUGGUUAUGCAGAACAGCAAGAUAUUCACGAGCCAAUGUGCAGUGUUCGUGAAGCUUUAAGAUUCAGUGCUUACUUGCGUCAACCUUACGGAGUCCCCCAAGCUGAAAAGGAUGCAUACGUUGAAGAUAUCAUCGAACUGCUUGAAUUACACGACUUGGCUGAUGCAAUCAUUGGUUACCCCGGUUUCGGAUUAGGUGUUGGUGAUCGCAAGCGUGUUACCAUUGGUGUCGAAUUGGCUGCUAAACCCGAAAUGCUUUUGUUCUUGGAUGAACCCACUUCCGGUCUUGAUGGUCAAUCCGCUUUCACAAUCUGUCGUCUCUUACGUAAAUUGGCUAACAACGGUCAAACUAUCUUGUGCACAAUCCAUCAACCUAGCGCUUUGUUAUUCGAAACCUUUGACCGCUUACUCUUAUUGGAACGUGGUGGUAAGACUGUCUACUUUGGACCUGUCGGUAAGGACGGAAAGCACAUUAUCGACUACUUUGCUCAACGUGGCGCUCAAUGCCCUCCAGGUAUCAACAUGGCCGAGUACAUGUUGGAUGCUAUUGGUGCUGGUAGUCAACCUCGCGUUGGUGAUCGUGAUUGGGCUGAUUGGUAUUUGGACUCUGAUUUGUACAAAGAAAACUUGCAAACAAUUGCUCACCUUAAUGAACAAGGAGUCAAGAAACCUGUUGCCGAAGGACGUAAGAGCCAAUAUGCUGCACCAUGGAGUUACCAAUUCACCGUCACUCUCAAACGUACUUUGCUCUCGACUUGGCGUCAACCCUCUUACCAAUACACCCGUUUGGUUCAACAUUUCGUCUUUGCUCUAUUAACUGGCUUACUUUUCUUACAAUUAAGUAAUAGUUACGUCACAUUGCAAUACCGUAUCUUCGCCAUUUUCAUGUUGGCCAUUAUUCCUGCAAUCAUCAUGGCUCAAAUCCAACCUUUCUGGAUUCAAUCUCGUUCGAUUUGGAUUCGUGAAGAAACGAGUAAGACGUUCGAUGGUACUGUCUUUGCUGCAACCCAAUUGAUCUCUGAAGUCCCGUAUGCACUCGUUUGUGCAACCUUCUUCUUCAUUCCAUUAUAUUACUUGGUUGGAUUCAACAAUGGAUUAGUGGAUGCAAGUGAUUCUAAUCGUGCCGGUGUAUUCUGGGUGAUUGUUUUCAUUGUCGAAUUAUUCGCAAUCACGCUAGGUUCGCUGAUCUCCUCUUUCUGUGCAAACGCAUAUUUGGCAAGUCUAUUCGUUCCUUUCUUGAUCGUAAUCAUGUCUUUGACUUGUGGUGUCUUGUCACCGCCAAAUCAAAUGAGUAGUACGUUGUACUCGCAAUUCUUUUACAACGUCAACCCCAUUCGAUUCGCCAUUUCUACACUCGUUCCCGAUGUUAUGCACAAUCUUCCCGUCCAAUGUGCUGAAUCAGAACUGACACGAUUCACACCCCCAAGCGGCCAAACAUGUCAAGAAUGGGCUGGUGCUUAUCUCUCUCGUGCUGGAGGAUACUUGGCCGAUCCCAACUCUACCACUUCUUGUGGUUACUGCCCAGUAAAGAAUGGUGAUGAAUUCUACGCAGCAUUCGGCAUGAACUUUGACGAAAGAGGCAGAAAUAUCGGAAUCCUUAUUGCCUUCACUGUAUUCAACGCAAUUGGAACGAUCUUCUUCACCAAAUACUUGCACUUCAGCAACCGCUGAUCGCCAUCAGCUGUCUUGGAGCGUCUUUUUGGAAUCACAAAAAUUUCUUUG